AUCGAAAGCGUUGAUAAAUGUUGCAGCAAAUUUGUAUAGAAAUGUGCACGUGUCUCGUCGAUUCGAUGAUUCUCGACUGUUCGUAGAGAGCAUGAAUAAACGAGGUGUGCAGCCAUUACUGUCAAUACUGGGUGAGAUCGGUGGAUGGCCGAUAAUAACCGGGCGGAACGAGUGGAACGAGAGUGGACAGAAAUGGCAGAAUAUCGACGACCAUUACGCUCAUUUACGCGGAUUUAAUUUGUUGCACGACGUCCGGGUCGUGCAACAAAUUAAAUCAGCUGAUGCCAAAGAGAAGACUGCGGUUCUGGACGUUCCCAGCAUGCCGCCAUACUCGUGGAUGCUGUGGGAGUUGUUCGACAAUCAGACGCUUGGCAGCAUAAAGGAUCUGAAUUAUUGGAAGUACGGUGUGAGGAUAGUUUCGAAAAUAGCCGAGUCCGGAGGAUUUCACGUAGUGAAAGACGAGUUGGAAAAAGACAUGGAAGAGAUAUUUAAUUUCGAAUGGAAAUUGUCAAAGAUAAAUUGGGUAGACAAGGUAAUGGGGAUUUUUAGAGAAUCAGGUAUCGACAUCACUGAAGACACCGUGUUAAAAGUAUCCUCACCCGGUUACUAUGAAAAGUUAGUCUCCCUGCUCGACGAAACUGCAAGCAGGAUUAUAGUGAAUUAUCUACACUGGAAUUUCGUCUCAUCGAUGAUCACAGAAACUACCGACGAGAUGAGAGAAUUGGACGAGAAGAUGACCGAAAACGAUUCGAACGAACAACAAAACAGACUCUUCUGCUUAAUUGCGAUAUUGACAGUGUUGACGAAAAUUGAAGUCGCACGUUCGACGUGGAAACCAGAAAUAAUUGGGAUUCGUUAUCUUGCAUUAAAUCUGACGCAACUGUGGAAAGUAGAGCAGCGACUCGGACGUUGAACGCGUUAGAUGACAUGGAGGAGGAAAUGAAGAUCGAGAUCGGAAAAUCGAAUUGGGCUAACAAGGAGAUAAAAGACUUGGCGCUGAGAAGAGUCAAAUUUGUAAAGAAGAAUAUUGGUUACCCGGAUUGGUACGACAACGCCACCAUCAUGGAAAAUUAUUUUGGAAAGCUCACCAUGGGACCGACGUAUUUCGAAAAUGUUUUGAGAUUCCAGAGAUAUUACAAGUUGAAAGAAUUGCGUCUCUUGAAGCAUAAAGACGCAGCAAAGUCAACGUCUUUUCAAUGAACGGGGCGAGGAAAUAAGCUGGCCAGAAGCAAUGACUGAACAGUAUUACAAGAGUGCCCAAUGCUUCGUAGAUCAAUACGACAAUUAUACUUUGAAUGGAACACCUUCUGGCCCAAAAGUGAAGAAUUAUGGCAAUCAGACCUUCGACGAAAAUAUGCCAGACACCAUGGGACUGAAAACUGCUUUCAAAGCGUACAAACGAAGGGAAAUUAUAAACGGCGUACCAGAAUUGAAAUUGCCCGGUUUACGAAUGUUCGACAACGAUCAACUUUUCUUUCUGUCGUCUGCCAAUUUAUGGUGCGAAACCAGAGAUGCCGAGGCUAUAGUUACAGAAGCGAAACUGGACAUGCACAGUAUCGGACGAUUAAGAUCCAUCGGAGCACUCUCGAACAAUGAAGACUUCGCUGAAACGUUUUCAUGCCCACCGGGCAGUCCUAUGAACCCCAAGAAGAAGUGCAACAUUUGGAAAAUAUAAUACAUCGUAAUUGUCAAAAUUUAAGACUGCCACUGUGAAAAUGUAAUGAAAAAAAAAGAAACAAAAAAAA